AUGGAGAAGGAACAUCUUCAUCAAAAGAACUACGAUCACCAAGAUCCUAUCUCCUCUCUUCGAGCAGAAAAUGUUGAUCUCAACGCAUCUCUGGAGAGGGAACGAAGCUUUCUUUCCAUACAAAGCGAUCCGGAACACCAGCUUAAUGGAAAUUUUACAGACAUAUCAAUCUCUACCACUCCACCUCCGCCACUUCAUAAUCCAGAAUCAAACCCAGAUGAUUUACUCUCAAUUUCUUCCUCCAUCCUUGUCGAUUCAAAUUCCACACGUCGUUAUAGAUGCAGUGAGUGCACUCAAAUAUUCCAUUGGCAUGGUGACCUAGCUGAACAUUUGCGUGAAGCCCAUAACAUCAUCCGGCAGGCCAGGAAUUCUAGUCGUACAAGCAGAAAUGGGCGUACUUCUCUAGAAUCGACAAUUCCCAGGAGAUCUAGUGGAAAAUCGACUGGAGAGCCAUUCGGUUGCCUCUACUGUAAGUACGAGGCCAAGUAUGAAAGUGAACUCAAACGGCACAUGAGACUCCAUAUGAAAGCGAAACCUUUCAAAUGUGACUUCUGUGAAUACAAAUCUUCCUGGAAGGGUGAUCUCAAACGGCACAUUGAAGCUCAUCACAAGGACAAGUUCAAAACAAGUGAGGAGUUAGCUCGAAUCAUGUCUAAAUUCAAGAAUAAUGCCGGAACGAUUCCCAUUGAAAGCACUCUGAAAAUUAAGCGGGAAUUUUGCAGGGCUUCUUCUAUCGGAUCACUUUCUGGGGAUGUUUCAAUGUCUCAGCCAAGCCCUCCAUUACCGUCAACUUCAUUUACGAAUCUAACCAUUCCGCACACCUCAUUCAACGAGUAUUCAUAUAAUGCAUCAUCUAUUAAUAGUCCAGCAGUCCCAAAUCAGGAAACAGGAUGUUCUAUACCAUUUUCACUCCCUCAAAUAUCCGAUGUUUCAGCUCUGCUCACUCUCCCCACACCAUCAACCUCCAAUGCUACUUUUCAUAGUCCUACCCUCUCAUUUUCAAGUCCAAUAAUGCCUUCGGAACCAUCUAAACCAUCCAGUCCACUUAAGGCUGACCUAUUUUCUCCAUUUCUCAACAUAAUGACUAAUUGGCGAAACUCCUUGUCACUGCAAUUUCCUGGUGGUUUACCCCCAAUUGAACCCCUUGGAGUAUCAAUUCCAGUAAGUACAGUGUUAACCUUGACCUGGUUGGAAAUAAUUCGUCCAGUCAGGAUCAAUAGGAAAGGUAUUUCUGAUAUAGACAUCUAUCUUGCCAAAACAGUUAGCUAUUGUAAAGUCGAUUAUAUGGGUGUUUAUUAUUGCUUAAGAUUUUUUCUUCGCUCUAAAUUAAUUUGUGCGGAACUGCUGACAUUAUGGAUCCACCCAAUUGGUUUGUCACUUCAAAAUGCGUCUUAA